UCUCACUCGGACAUCACAAGACAUCGCAAGACCAUACGCCGUGCCCGGACUCUGCUUCAGAGGCGAUGACCUCGGCCGAGCCGGAGGCGGAGGAGGUGAUCCAGGCCGACACGAAGGUGGCAGGCGAUGCAGGCGCCGAAAUCGCCACCGUGGAGGCACCGGAGGUAGUGGAAGAGGCCACGCAAGGGCCCAAAGCGGAGGACCUUUUCUUGCUGGCGAGGCAGCAAAACUUCGAGGUGGCCCUGAAGCUCCUUGAGGCCUAUCCGGACUUUUGGCACUGCCAAGAUGAGGAUGGCCACUCGUUGAUGCAUUGGGCAGCCUUGGUGGGCAACAAGGACUUCGUCAAAGCUGCAUUGGCUCAGAAGCUUCCAGUGGACUCGGUCGCCAAGAACCAGCAGACGCCACUGAUGUGGGCGGUGCUGCGCGGGCACGUGCCAGUGGCGCGCACUUUGCUGGCUGCUAAGGCCUCGCUGGCGGUCAAGGACUCGCUGGGCGCCACGGCGCUGAUGAUCGCCGUGCAGCACAAGGCGUAUCCCAGCAUUUUGCUCCUCAUGCACCGGGGCAGCCACAUGCAAGCUCAGAUGCUGGCAGAAGGCGACAAGAACGGCUGCACGGCCGUACACUGGGCAGCCUACAAGGGCGACCUCACAGCGCUGAAGUUGCUUCACUACUUCAAGGCAGAUCUGCAGGUGCUGGACAACGCCAAGAUGCUGCCGCUGCACCGGGCGGUUUGCGCGGCCCAGACCGCCGUGGUGGAGUUUUUGGUGGAACAGAAAUCGGAUCCGCAGGCGCGGAAUCAUGAGGGGAAGUCCUGCUUGGACAUUGCAGCGGAGAAGCAUGACGUGCACAUGCAGGCCCUUUUGAAGCGCUUGGUUUCCAAGGUGCCGGCAGACCCCUUCGCAGGUGGCAAGGUGGAGCCUGAGGAUGUGGAAGCAGGGAAGGAUAAGGCAGAGAAGAGCGGGAAGAAGAGCUUCUUCAAGGGCCUUAUGCAGGACAAAACGGCGCAUAAGAUCUUCCCUGUGUUUUGGCUGGUGUGUGUCUCUUUGGCGGUCUUCCAAUAUCUCAUGGACCUCCGGCUCACCAGCUAUGAGGUGGCGCCCAGCACGGCGUUUUUGUUCGAAGUUUUGGUGCCGAUCUCCUUGGGCAUUUUCUCUUUCGUCGCCUUGGGCGAUCCUGGCAAGGUCCCGGCUCGUCCUCAAGGGAACUCUGGCGUAGAGGAGCUCAUGAAAGCUUUGGACACAGAUGCAGCAGACAACGAUCCGCCGGACGUGAACCGCCUUUGCACCACCACCUGGGUGCUGAAAGGGCUCCGCACGAAAUACUGCGUGCAGACUGGCGCCUGUGUGGAGGAGUUCGAUCACUACUGCGUUUGGCUCAACAACACCAUCGGAAAGGCAAACCACCGGCAGUUUGUGGGCUUGGCCGUGGUGGAGUUCCUCACCCAGGUGACCCACAUCCGCCUUUGUUUGCUGAUGGCAUCCACUUUGGUACCCUACCAAUCCUUCACGCAGUUCGUUUGGGGUGUCCUCACUGGAUAUCCUUUGCUCACCCUCAUCGUCUUAGUCCAUUGCAUCACUGCACCCUGGGUCUUCAUGUUGACGCUUCAUCAAGCUCGACUGGUCAUGAUGAACCUGACCACCAACGAGAUGAUGAACAUGCACAGGUACGAGCACUUCUGGGUAGUCAGGACUAUGGUGACAGGUCAUGCGCACAAGACUUUCCGGAAUCCUUUUAACAAGGUGACACGCAUUGUCGCGCGAAAGGGUUGCGUUUCGUGGGCAGUGCUUGGAAGAACUGCUUGGACUUCUGGUGGUAUCGGAGACGUGGAGACGUCGGGGCUGCUGGUGCCAAGUGAUUUGCGCUGUCGAUGUGGUUGGUUUUCGGCUGGUGCCCCCAGUAACGGGAGAACUCGGAAUCCAGCAAGUUUUUGCGUCUUUGGGACGAUGCUCGGUUGUAAGCGAAUAUUAAUAUGCAGCAGAAAUGUUAACGUAUAUUGUUUCCUAGGUCGAAAUGUUGAACACUACUCCUUGUACCGUCCUUGCAAUCAAACCUUGCCCUUAGCCGUUACCCUCUGGGGCCUCCGCAGUUUCAGCAGCGAAGGAGCACCACGGAGGGGGAACCUUUUUCAGAGUUUGAAACCCAUUUCAGAGUUUCGGUGCAGCUGAGGUGGUGGAACAAGUUGACUGCUGUUCCCAUGGCUGCAGCCACAGCCACUGAAGGGAAGCCAGGUGGGCUGAGUGUUGCCCUAGAGUUUUGGAUGCUUGGACAAAAGGUUGUGUGUUCUCGCCUGUGAUGAUCAGUCGCACCCCUAUCAGGAGCUGCUCAGCUGCUGUGCGAGGGGAAAUCCUGCAACAGAGCAGUAGAUCAACUGUGCUUCCAUCAAGAGACGUGCGAUUCUGUUCAAAAACAUGCCUGUGUUUGUCGGCAACUGUGGGUUCCAACACAUUUGAGGAAGGAUCCACUUUCGUUCUUCUUAAACUUACAGGCCUGCCAAUUCAUUCUGCACUUUACAGACCAAAGCAACGAACACAUGGGCCACGUACUCCCAGGGUCUAUCUCCCUAUUUGGGUCUAUGUUCUUGGCUUGUUAGUUGGACAUUGAAGGCUUUGUCGGAGAAUUCCUUCGUCUCGUCUUGGCGGUUGGUUUCACCUGAACGAAUUUCAUGCAGUGCCGGCCCAAUGCGAGCGACGUUUGGCCUCCCAGCGAAGGAACAACCAACACCGAUUCCAAAAGUUAGAACCCAUUCAAAGCUGAGGAUUCACUGGGAGUGCAUCAAGUGGGUUUCAAUCCUAGAAUGAAGAUCCAUUCAGCCCGUUGUUUGGAGCUUGGGCUCCUUUUAGACCCUCAACGGAUCAAGGAAUUCGCUGAGGUUACUUUGCCAAGUUAGCUCAAGCUGAAUAGGAGGAACUCCACAUUAGGGAUGGGGAAGUUACCGGUG